AUGGCAACUCUAGACGAGGUUCUCCACGCUUGCGUCGAUCAACCCCUCGACACGGUCCUCUCGCUCGCUUCAACAUGCUCCCAUGAGCGGUGCGAAAUAGAGAUGGCUAGGGCGGCGGCGACCGACGGCCGAGCAGAUUUGCUCGACUACCUCGUACACAACGCCACUACGUCCCUGGAGCCCUGCGGCAUGCUUCUUCUAACGAGCGCCGGCGCCCACUCGAAGGCUUGCGUGCAAGUCAUGCUAGACCAAGGGCUCGACAUCAACCGCUACGACGACAGGAUCGGCGGCGUCCUACACUGGGCCCUAGGUGGGGGCGGCUGCCCCGAAGACUUUAUCACCUGGCUACUCGAGCGCGGCGCCCUUGUGAACCACCCGGAGGACAGCUGGUGCGAUAUCCACUGCCUCCUGCCCGCCGUCUCCCACGGCACCGUGCCCAUCAUGAAGAUCCUCGUCGCUGCCGGCGCUAACGUCGGCUCCUCUGCGGCGUUGCACUAUGCCGUGCGGUGCGGCUACCUCGAUAAGGUGAAAUAUCUCGUGGAGGAAGCCGGCGUGGCGGUGGACACGCCGGCCGGGGUGGAUACGAACAGUUUCUCACCCUUCUACUGGUGCGGAGACGCGGGCAGCACGCCCUUACACGUUGCGGCCGCGCACAACCAGGUCGCGGCUGCCGAGUACCUCUUGGAAAUGGGGGCGGACAUGGCGGCGAAGAACGCGGGGGGAAGGACGCCGCUACAGGAGGCCGAGUACCUUUCGGAAGUCGCAGCGACCGAGCCAAAAUCUGAUCGCAGGACCUUGCAGAGGAAUCAACGGUUUCUAUUCUCCGGCUACUUUGAGGGCCAUCGGGAGAUUUUGGCUUUCUUGAGGCAGCAGGGAACUGGACGAGCGUAG